AUGAGCUUGAUGGAUGUCGUACAACAUUACUCUCGCGUGUUUACUUGGAGUUCGUUCUUGAAGAUGCUGCUUCACACAAUCGUCGCGUCGUGCUUCGCUACAAUGAUCCCGUUGUUUUUGAGAUGGAUGUACCUACCGACCUCCGUGGAUCAUAAACUACCUCUGAAUAUGGCAUUCAAGACGUGUACAGGCGAUCUUCAUGGUGUAUGCUCGUUCCCUACGGCCACACGAAGAUAUCCACCUGAUACGAUUUUUGCUGAGGGUGUCACCUAUGAUUUAAUGCUGGAACUGCAUUUCGAUGGACAGACUGCCGAUUUCUCAGAAUUCUUUCAGGUUGCCGUUCGUUUUCAAGAUUCUGAUGGCACGAACUUGCAUGAAUACACCAAGAUUGUUUACCCCUUUAAACCGCGAGGGAUUUUUUCCAAGGUUUUCAAGCUUUUCUUCUAUCCGCUGUACUUCGUUGGGAUGUUCGACGACAGUAGAACGGCUCAUGUUCCGAUAACAUCUGGUCACGCUGAACUCGACGAGCUGUCAUCCCAAUUUGUAGUAGAAGUGCAGAAUAGAGCUAUUGUGUUAGAGUUCGCGAACCUCUACGUGAGUGCCAAUUUCGGGCUAAUACCGCGUAUGAUGUAUUCCUGGCCCAUUUCUUCAUACCUUGCGCUCUACUUGAUAUGCUUUGGUUUAUAUUUUACGAACAUAGCUUUCUUCCAUGGGCUCGGUUUGCUCUUCAGUAGCCCGGAGGGGACCGCCAAACGGAGACCUGAACAACGUUUGGAGGACGAUGCCUUGGGGACUGAAGCCGAACAUAUGAAGGCUCGAAUACGUCGCAAUUCCGAAAUGAUUGAGGAAAGAACAAAGGGGCGCGCUGGCAUACGAGGAUUAAGGAAAAUGAACACGUUCAAUGGCGAUAUCAUGAUCGUCCGGGCAAUCUCGUUUUGGGUUAUUUUGUCAACGGGCUGCGCGAAUCAGAUAUGUCCCGGGUUUUGCGGCAAGGUCAUCUUGGAACGCCAUGAUAAUGGGACAAACAUCUUAUCUGAAUGCCAGGCGUGUCCGUGGGGAUCUCGCGUCCAGAUGUCGUUCACCGAUACAGGACGCGUGACAACCUGUGAACCGUGCACGGAGGAAUUGCCUCUUUAUGACUGGCUAUUCCUGCUCUUCGUGGCACUUGUACCGACGAUCACAAAUUCAUUUUUCGUCCGAUACUACGCGCUUUCCACGAGCCAGCACAAAAAUGAAUUCCUUGAACAUUUUUGCUGCCUCCUGGAGAGCUUUGUGGCCGCUUGCGCUGCUCUUCUGGUCAUGGAACCGCGUGGAUCGUUGAGGCUUUAUAGUUGCAGCAAGUCGUUACUCCGUGAAUGGUAUCCGGCGCUCCACAACCCUCAAAUUUUCUUUGGGCGAAAGUUACACUGCAGCUACGAGUUGGUGUAUCCACUUUAUUCGCUACCCUUCGUCUAUCUACUCUUUUGCCUCAUAACACUACUCGUCUUCCGCACGAUCUUGUACUCUACAAUUCGACGGAAGGACCGUUCGCGCAGAGCUUAUUACGCUGCUUUGUACGCAAUUCCGUUGAUAGCGCUGGGACACGCACUCCUGGCAGGUCUCCUCUAUUACCUCUUCGCAUACGUGCUGAUGUUAUGGAGUAUGGCUUCAAAUGCGGUUCAUCUGGCUUUAGAAGGCAACAAACCAAUGAGAGUGUUGUUUAACGACCUUCUCCGUUGUGGCAAGCAUUUGACGUUCCUCAUCGUGAACAUGUGCUUGCUGGCAUUCGCCAUUGUUACGAUUGCGGUUGAGAGAGCUGAUGGAUGGUCAUUACUGCUGAUCGCCUUGAUACCAAUGCCGGCAUCUUUUUAUUUACUAACAAGCUCAUUGUCCCACCCAUCUGCAUUGGCUUUGACC